GUGAAUGGACCCCAAAUACAUCGCAAAAUGGGCUUGGCACAAUAUCCACCGGGUCCCAUCGGCUCGCCAGAUGAUCCAUUGGCCGAUCCCUUUGAUGAUCCCUCAUAUAGUUUUGCUUAUCGAACACCGGAUCAAUCACGUUCCGAAGAUAAUGAUGCAACGGGACGAGUAAGAGGACUCUAUUCAUUUGUGGACGAUGAAGGUGAACGUCACAGUGUUCGUUAUGCUGCUGGUGCCGGGACGGGAUUUGAAGUAUCAAAUGCAGUGCCAGAUAAUCCAGCCAGUGUUGGAUACACAAGCCCUUUGUAUAAAGCACCACCUGGCACACGUGGUAAAAUGUCAGUUCAACGAGGACCUGAUGGCACUUAUAAGUUAAUUGCUGCUGGACCGGAUCAUAGACGUGCCGAAAGUCGAACACCAGAUGGUGUGGUGAGGGGCACUUAUUCCUUUCUCGAUGACAAGGGAAUUCAAAGAACUGUUGAAUAUAUAGCGGGAGCGGGUAUUGGUUAUAGAGUGGUGAAAAAUCGUAUUGGACCCACAUCGCACAUUAAUCCUUCGGUAUCGGAUUUGCGUCUAAGCGAUACAAACUUUAAGUUGGCCAAUGAUUUUGGCACCGGUGCUGGAAGCGGUGGUGUUGGUAGUUCUGGAUCUGGUGGUGGCCGUGUGCGAGGUGGUGGCAAUCGCAACAGAAGUGGAGGAGGUGGCGGUGGUGUAGACGAAGAAAAUGAAAUGGAGUAUGUAUCAUCGGAUAGUCGUCCAAUUACAACAUCAUCAUCUUCGGAUACAGAUAAUGAUGACAAUGAAAUAAGUCUGGGGGAUGAUGAGGAGAGUGAUAUUGGUGGUAAAAAUAAUCGCCCUAAUACCAAAACCAAAGCUGAUCGCAUGGGUACCAUUAAUCGUGGUCGAGGAGGCACACGAAAUCGUGGCAAUACAAAUUUAAAUGAUGAUGAUGUACUCGAUCGGGAACCCAUGGGCGAACGAGAUUCUCCCAAAAUACCCUUGCGACCAGGCAAUAGAUCACCAGGCAAUCGUAAUAGUGUAACUAACGAUCAAAGAGGAAGUAAUCGUCGUAAUCGGCCACCCUCUAGAAAUGGUGGUGGUGGCAGUAGUUCAUCAUCAAAUUCAAAUGGUUAUGACUACAAUCCCCCCUCAAAAGGAUCUUCUUCGCGUAAUAAUUACAAUCCCAAUGAUGAUGAUAUUGGUACCGCUCUGCCCCCAUUAAUUACGGCCAAUCGUAAAAUUCUCGAAAUCGACAGAGAUCGUGAAUGGGUGGAACAUCAUCGUGAUUCAACUGUUAUAAAAAAUGUUGGAAAAUGGUAUAUUGGUUUGCCGCCGGGCCAGAGUGUUCGUGCCCAUGUCCAAAAUAUUGACAUAUUACCAUUGGGUGGUCGUCGGGUGCCAUCGCCAUCGGAAGCUUUGCGACAAGAUGAGCUGGCCGAUAUGACAGCAUCGUAUGAACAUCAUGAUAGAUCUCCAUAUAGCAGUUAGUUUUAAGUCCCAAAACACACACAUAC